ACAAACUGAAAAUGAUCAAUGACUGGAAAAGAAAAUAAACAAUCCUAAAUAAAAAAUUAACUAUUUUUAUAGAAGUGGUUAAUAAUGAAUAGCUUACGAUAUAAAUUAAGCGGCGUUACUUAUAGUGUAUGGCAAGCGGCGAAUUUUAGUUCUCGACCAAUUUUCCUACAAUGUAGACUCUAUUCUGGACCUACAAGUUUUCCCGACUACUUCCAUAACCCAAUAUUCAGGAAAGAAGAACAAGCGAAACUGAUUGAGAGUAAUGAGCUGAGUAAGUUAGCCGCGGCUCCAGUAAAGCCGCCUGGCGUCAGCGAGACUUCUUCAGUGUACUAUGAUCCACUUGUGAACAAAGUUAUCAAUCAUGUAAUGAAAAUGGGGAACAAAAAGCUAGCUCGUGAAAUAGUUGAGAAAGCCUUUGAAAAUGUUAAAAGAACACAAAUAGAGAGAUAUCAUCUUGCAUCUACAGCUGAGGAAAAGGCAAAAGUAAUACUUGAUCCCAAGGAUAUAUUACACAAAGCAAUUGAAAAUUGUAGACCAUUACUUCAGCUUCUUCCAAUUAAAAGAGGUGGCAUUACAUACCAGGUUCCUGGUCCUAUAACAGAAAAAAGAUCUCUAUUUUUGGCCAUAAAGUGGCUUUUGGAGGCUACCAAUGACAAGGAGAGGACCAUACAUUUUCCAGAGCAAUUUGCUUGGGAGCUCCUGGAUGCAGCAAAUAACACAGGCAAAGUUGUGAAGAGAAAACAAGACCUCCAUAGACAAUGUGAAGCCAACAGAGCAUAUGCUCAUUACAGGUGGCAGUAGAUAGUGUAGAAUAUAGCUUAUGCUUAGUAAAAAUCAGUAGAUAUUUCUUUUAUAUGUAACAAAAAAUAUUUGUUAUGACUUAAGUCAUAAAUCAUAACCAGGGUUCCAAUGUUUUGUAGUAUGUUUAAUUUGUCAAAAGAAUUGCACAUUUAUCAACUCAUGAUUAUUGAUAUAUUAAACCUCAAAUAAAUUGUUGAGUUUUUAUCAUACUGGUA